AUGUCACCCACAGAGGCGAAGGGCGAGCUCGAGCCACUGUUGACAUCCCCAGCCAUCGCGACCACAGCGUCAACACCGUCGCAAGAGCUCUUGCUCUACAGCGAGAUCCCGGUGUGGCAGCAAGAAAACGAAUAUGUGUUGUCGGGAUACAGACCGACCUCGGGCUCCCUCGCAGCCUCGGUGCGCAGCCUCUGCCGCCUCCACAACGAGACGGUCAACAUCUGGUCGCACCUGCUCGGCUGCGUCCUGUUCCUGUUCCUGCCCGUGUACCUGUGCCGAUGGCACAUCUACCAGCGCCACCCAGAGACAGCGGGUCUCGUCGACGUCGCGGUUAUCUCGGUGUAUGCCGUAGGCGUGGCAGUGUGCUUUGCGCUGUCAGCGGCGGCUCACGCCGUCUGGAACCACAGCAUCCUGGUUGCACAUUUCGGCAAGAAACUCGACUACCUCGGCAUCCUCGUGCUCAUGUGGUCGGCCGGGAUUCCCACCAUCUACUACGGCUUCAGCUGCAACCCUGAGCUGCAGGUGCUGUACUGGUCGACGACGAGCAUCUCGGCGUUGGGCUGCGCCGUCUUUACCUUUGACCCUCGCUUCCGCCAGCCGCGGUUCCGGCGGUGGCGCGCUGCCCUGUACGCGGGCUUUGGGUUCAGCUCGCUGGUAUUUGUUGGCCACGGCCUGCUCCUCCACGGUUGGGCGCUACAGAAGGCGCGCAUGUCCCUCGUGUGGAUGGCGUGGAUGACGCUAUUCAAUCUGGUCGGCGUGGUGGCGUAUGUGUCGAGGGUGCCCGAGCGGUGGUUUCCGUAUCGCUUCGAUCUGUUUUGCUCGAGUCAUCAGAUCUUUCACGUGGCAGUUAUGGUGGCGGGGCUGGCGCAUUUCGCGGGACUUCUGGACGCGCUCGACGUUUCCCUUCUUCAGCUCGCUCCCUGUGUUGCAGUGGGGGUCAUGGCCGAUUCGCCUCGGUCUGGGCUCGUGUAG